UAACAAUUUUACCGGUUCCUACUAAGCGCUAGCCGUUUCACUCGCGCAUGCGCACUGCAGACCACGGGGCCGCAGGAGAUCAGAGCUGCACUCCAGAUCAAGCACAGGGGCGCCAUCAUGAGUGCCAAAAUUAACAUAGACGCCUCAGCCAAAGAGGUUGACGGCCCUCCUUUGGCUCCUCCCACCUCCUCACCCAGUGAAACAGUCUUCAUCUGUGGGACUGACAUUGCUGUGAAAAAGGCUCGACCUCCGCCGCACACCACCACGACCACCACCUUGCUCCUCCCAGCUGCAGUGCCUGGACACCAAAAAGUGGAGGUGACUCCAACUAUUGCGGUGGGUGAAUCCAGUAAAGCACCCAGGUCCAAUGAGACAAUCGCACCCACCCUGACCGCACAAGUGGGAGGAGCCUGCAGCAUCGUUCAUGUCCUGGAAUGGAAGGAAGGCAUGGCGAUUCUUCCGAGCAGCAACCUAAAGUUCUGUGUCAGCGAUGUGGGAACACUGAGCACUCUGAUCGCCCCGGGGACCACCACCAGCACCACAGAACCUGCAGCAGUCGCAGCUGCAGGCACUUCAGGGAGUUUGACCAAUGCAGAAGUCUCUUCAACAGACAAGCCAGAGUGUCUACAUCCACCCCCAGAAGUGUCUGUUCCGCUCUCUGUCGACCGAGCGCUGGAGCCAGAGAGGUUACUGCAGAUCAAACCUGAUGUCCAGAUCACUCCGAGCCAGCAGAACCAUGACCCCCGAGCUCAGCGGGCCUAUGCGGAGGAGUUGCGCAGAGACAACAUCACUGAGAAGAGGAUUCUCGGAGUGGAAAAGGUUCCAGCAGGCGGCAGAAUGUCCGCCCUUCACCUCGAUCACAUGAAGCCCAUGAGGAAGAGGAAGAGGAAGGACUACAUGAGUCCUUCGGAGGAAGACUCCGAUGUUGAGGGCAUGGAUGACAAAAUGGAUGAUUCCAAAGCAGACAGUCGACACUUCAGAGGAGGAGGAGACAGCAAGACAGAGCUCUGGACCUGGUCACAGUAUCUGGAGGAAACAAAGUCAGUAGCUGCUCCAGUCCAGCUUUUUCAAGAGACACAAAGAGUGCCAACGGUGAAAAACGGUUUCAAACAAGGCAUGAAACUUGAAGGGAUUGACCCUCAGCAUCCGUCCAUGUACUUCGUUCUCACUGUGGCUGAGGUGUGUGGUUACCGGCUGCGUCUCCAUUUUGACGGCUACUCUGACUGCCACGACUUUUGGGUCAAUGCAAACUCUCCAGACAUCCACCCUGCUGGCUGGUGUGAGAGCACCGGACACAAGUUGCAAACUCCCAAAGGCUGCAAAGAGGAAGAGUUCACUUGGACGAACUACCUGAGAAUGACUAAAGCACAAGUGGCUCCCAAGGAAGUCUUUGCGAGUCCGGGAAGGAUGGAUGUGAAUUGUGGCUUCGAAAUAGGAAUGAAGCUGGAGGCUGUGGACCGGAUGAACCCUUCUCUCAUCUGUGUAGCCACCAUCACGGAUGUUGUUGAUGGUCGCUUCCUCGUUCACUUUGACAACUGGGAUGACACCUAUGACUAUUGGUGUGACACCAGCAGUCCCUAUAUUCACCCGAUCGGCUGGUGUAACGAAAGAAACUUGCCGCUCACGCCGCCGCAAGAUUAUCCCGACCAAGCCUUGUUCUCCUGGUCUCACUACCUGCAGGAGACUGGAGCUAAGGCUGUGGCUCCUGAGGCGUUCAACGUGCGCCCCCCUCACAAUUUCCAACCGCAGAUGAAGCUGGAAGCCGUCGACAAGAGGAGUCCGGGUUUGAUCCGCGUGGCCACAGUGGAGGAGGUGGAGACCCACAGAAUCAAGGUCCACUAUGAUGGCUGGAGUCAUGUCUAUGAUGAGUGGAUGGACUCGGAUCACCCUGACAUCCACCCAGCAGGCUGGUGUGAGGCCACAGGCCACCCACUCAAGGUUGCGCCCCGGGACUCCAGCGCAGUUCCAUCUCAUGGUCAAAGAGAGAUUCCUGCCGCCCCCCAGCCCACCUACCCCUCCUCAGUUCCCUAUAAACCCAUCAGCCAACACAGAACCAACAAGUACAGUUUCCACAACAGGAAGUGUCCCACACCGGGCUGUGAUGGCACGGGUCAUGUGACAGGACGCUUUACUGCCCACCACUGCAUAUCUGGCUGCCCGCUGGCUGAGCGGAACCAAGGCCGGCUGAAAGCGGACCUGUCCGACUCUGAGUGUAAACGGAACCUGUUCUUCGGUCAGAGGAGCAAGAAGACACACUACCGCGGCAGAAUUGGCCGUCCUCCCAAGUGCAGGAAGACUCAGCAGAGAGACUAUCAAGACAUGUCCUCAGAAGGAGUGUACCCGUCUCUGUUCAUGUCGGCACUGAGCGGUCAGUCCGACAGAACCUUAUCUCUCUGCUGGGAGCAGCAUUGUAAGCUGUUGCCCGGUGUGCAGGGCAUUUACGCCAGCCAGGUGGCAGCGUGGAGCGUUGAAGAGGUCUUCAAGUUUGUGCAAAACCUAAUCGGCUGUGAAGACCAAGCUCGGCUCUUUAAAGAUGAGAUGAUCGAUGGCGAAGCCUUCCUGCUGCUCACUCAGGCUGACAUUGUCAAGAUCAUGAGCAUCAAGCUGGGCCCCGCACUCAAGAUCUCCAACGCCAUCCUCAUGUUCAAGAGCACAGAUGAGGGUCUCAUGUGAUGAACCCCCAUGUCGCCAACACCUCAGUCAUCGUGUGCCAAAUUCCAUUCUGUUGCAGGGAGAAGACCCUGAUCCUUUCAUGUGUUCGGUGUCCUGUGCCCAUCAGAGAGACAAGGUUCAGCAAGAGGAAGUGUUUUAGGGAAAUACCUCCAGGUUUGCCAGGUUAGGACAGACUGAGGGAAGUUAUGUGCUUGUUUUGUCAUCACUGGUUCAUGUUUACGCCUCCUGCAGCACACUAACAUGCCAGUCCUUGAAAUUAAAGGUGUACUCAACACAAAGGCUUUCACCUCAUCUUAUCAGCUCAUUAAAUCUGUGCUGUGUGACACAAGAAAUGUCGGCACAAGUGGGGACCGAGGUUAAAAUAGUUUUGGCAUUUUCAAUUCAUUUUCAUUUUUAUUUCAUUUUUAGAGUGGGUCAUCCUGUUGGUCACCCUGCUGGAUGAAGUGCCAUGAUUGAGUGACGUUGGAAGUGCGUUAUCUCUAUUCAGUACACAACGACUCCCACUAUCAAACCAGCGAUAGUUUUGUUGGUUGGUUCCUCCCCAGUCUGGAACUGGAACUGAUCAGUGUGCGCUGUUGAAAGCUCCGUGGAGAAGUUAAAAAACGUCAUGUUGAAGAAGCCAUCUCUUGUUGUUGUGGAUGGAAGAGGAUCAUAGUUAGAUUUUGCUGCAGGAGGUCGCUAUAGAGACGAGCACAUGUGGAGUCAGAAGUGUUGAUGCAGUUAAAGAGAGUGGAGCUCUUGCAAGCUUCAUGUUUUGUGCAAUAAAAAAUGAAGUACUGUUGAGGUUCAUCACUGCGUUGUGUUAAAAGACGAUGGGUGGUCUGUAAAUCGUGGCGAAAGAGAAGUUUGUUUUGUUUUUACAUGCACAGAAAUGUAUUUUUUUGUGGUUAGAUGUCAGCACAACUAAAUCCCGUCAGGAAAUCUGCACUGACAUUUCCUCAGUUGGACGCUAGAGGGCGUUGAUGUUCACAACUUCACAGGUGAAUCGUUUACACGCAUUGAUAGGCGAUAAUCGGAUAUGAUUUAUUGAAAUGAUCUCACUGGAAUGUCUCAAGGGCUCUCGGAUUAUUGUGUUCAUGUGUCUCUCUGGUGGGAUUUGUGAGUGUGUAUGAAGAUUUUGAAUCACAAAUAUCAUUGGAGCCAUGUGUAUCAAUAAAUGUCCCAAGUGGUGAUUGCAAGUUUGUCGGAUCACAGCAGUG